AUGGAGCCGGAGCUGCCCCUGGCCACGUCCUGGCCCCACACGGCCUUGCUGCAGUGCAUGCAGCACUUGAUGCAGGCCACCGCCCUGCGGCCCGCCAUCCCCCUGGAGAAGAAGGUCGCCAUCGCCCUCCGGAAGCUGGCCAGCACGGACAGUUACCGCGUGGUGGGCGACCAGUUCGGCGUGAAGAAGUCCAGCGUCGGGGUCAUCCUCAUGCAGGUGGUGAGGGCCCUCAACUCCAUCCUGCUUUACAGAGUCAUCCGGCUGGGAGACCAGGACGCGACCAUGGCCGGAUUUGCUGCCCUGGGGUUCCCCAACUGCGGGGGCGCCAUAGAUGGGACCCACAUCCCGAUACCAGCACCUAACAUUCUAGGGCCCUGCUACCUGAAUCGAAAGGGCUACUCUUCGAUGGUGCUGCAGGCCCUGGUCGACCACCGGGGACAAUUCCUGGAUGUGUAUACGGGGUGGUUGGGCAAGGCAGACGACGCCCGCAUCUUUAGAAGCUCCGGCCUGUACAAAAAGCUGAAGAAGGGCCUGUACUUCUCCCCCCGGGAAUUUGCGGUGGGGGACGUGCAGAUGCCACUGUGCAUUGUGGGAGAUGAGGCCUACCCCCUCCUGCCCUGGCUCAUGAAGCCGUACACCGGGCACCUAGACCCCAGCAGGGAACAAUUUAAUACCCGCCUGAACCGGGCCAGGAACCCGGUGGAGCGGGCCUUCGGCCGUCUCAAGGCACGCUUCCGGUGCCUGCGGACCCGCCUCACCGUGGGGCAGAAGAGCAUGGCCGAGCUGAUCGCGGCAUGUUGUGUCCUCCACAACAUUGUGGAGAAGAAGGGGGAGGCCUUCCUCCCAGCCUGGGAGGCAGACACCAGCCAAGUGGGCCGUGUGUUCGAGCAGCCCCAGACAGUCGCCAUCCGGCAGGCCCACCAGGAUGGGGUGCGCAUCCGGGAGGCCCUGCGGGAGCAGUUCUCGCAAGCACCCCAGUAAUUGUCUCCAGGGCCUCCUACCAAGGGGCCUCUGCCUUGCAGCCGCAUCCCUUCCCCACCACAAGCCCUCCCUUGCCCCCAGCCCUGACGUCCCAAUAAACAAACCUCGUUGCU